AUGUACCGCACUGAGACGGAGAGGCUGGAUCCUCCUUUCUGCCGACUAUCAGGAGAACCUUUAGUUACUUGGGUGGUUCGUGUUUAUGAUGCCGGGGCCGCCGGAAUAUUGAUUGAUGAUGGAGAUGCCCAUAAAUUCGGCACCAUUAAUGCUCAUAGUAUUCCCAAUUCCAUGGAACGAUGGUAUAACUCAAUUGCAGACAAACAAACUCGGAUCCAGAUGGUGGAAGUCAAUCCAAACUCCAAUGAACUCAAAGAUUCAUCCAAUUUUAUGAAGUUCACUCUGGUCACCCUGGCCGAAAAUCCUAAAAAGGGAGCUCACUCAGUGGGUCUGAUGUGGUGGAUGCUUGCCCGGGAAGUUCUGCGCAUGCGUGGUACCAUCUCCCCUGAACACCCAUGGGAGGUCAUGCCUGAUCUCUACUUCUACAGAGAUCCUGAAGAGAUUGAAAAGGAAGAGCAGGCGGCAGCUGAGAAGGCUGUGACCAAGGAGGAAUUUCAGGGUGAAUGGACCGCUCCAGCUCCUGAGUUCACUGCUGCUCAGCCUGAGGUGGCAGACUGGUCUGAAGGUGUGCAGGUGCCCUCUGUGCCUAUUCAGCAGUUCCCCACUGAAGAUUGGAGUGCUCAGCCUGCCACUGAAGACUGGUCUGCAGCUCCCACUGCUCAGGCCACUGAGUGGGUAGGAACAACCACUGAGUGGUCUUAAACAGUCCUUCCACAAACUCUUAAAAUGGAAAUAGGUUGAUGGAAAAUAAACA